AUGGCAUCCUCGGAGGAAUGCCAUGAUUUGGAGCGUGAGAUCGAGCUCCUGAAGCUGCGGAAGUCGGCAGCGAAGACGCAGCUCACGAAUGCGAGGCGGGGGCUGUUGGUCUUGGUAGAUGUCGACACGCGACCUGUGCCGGACAAGGCAACGGUACUGAAAGCAGUUUCCUUGCUGCAAGGAGCCAUGGACGAACUUGCAGGCGUCACCAGGACCCUGGCGAGUUAUGUUCAGCAGACCCCAGACUGUCUGGGAGAAUUACGCAAGUUAUCUGAGGAUGCGGAGCAAACAGAAGAGAAAUAUACGUCCGCGAUGGAACGAAGUGCGGACUUCUGUCGGCAAUACAGCAGUUUUGUCACGCCCAGUACACGUUUUGGAAGUCCGUCCAGAAAAACUCAAAUCUACAAACUGCGAGCUUACCUGGAUAGGCACACUGCUCUUGUCGAUGAGAACAGCGCUGAUGAACGCGAUGAACAUGCUGGUGGAGCACGGGAAUUUGAGUACGGAGUGGAGUCGCUAGCGCUGCAGACAGAUAGUAGUAGUACUGUGGAUAUGGAGCACACAGCGAUCAGAGAAGCUGGUGCUCAGCCCAGUGCCAGUGAAGUGAAAGUUAGAGCAGACGUAGCGGGCCUCAGUCUCGGAGACCAAGCGCUUCAGUCCAGCAGUAGCAGUACUACUUCUGCCACUAACACUAGUAACAGUACUACAUGUAGUUCUAGUACAUGUACCAGCACCACUGCAGGGUUGUCACCUGCAACCACAAACAACCUGUCACCACCACAGGCCAGUGUGACAAGCAUUAGUUUCAGAAGUACAGGUGCCAGUUUCAGUACCAACUACUUGGCAGCAUCCAGUGCACCACCACCAGGUUACCUGCAGGCCAGGCCAGUGAUAGGUAUAGGAAGCACUGUGACAGUCAGCGCUGCCACUGGGACCAGGACUAGCAGCAGGCAUGCACCAGCAGUGCCUAGUACAAGUACAACUGUGCAUACCACUCUGCCAGUGUCUGGGAUGAGCUUGCCAACAGCCAAGACCAGAGUAGGCCAGACUGCCACUCAACCUAUAGCUCUGCAAUCUGCUGUACCUACACCAGCAAUGUUUUCAGCCGCACCAAUGUCAGCAGCAUGGGCUGCUCCAGUACCAGUAUCAGCAGCUCCAUCAUGGUCUGCUCCAGGAUCAGCAUUUCCAGCAGUCUCAGUCUCAGCAGCACAGGCUGCACCUGUGCCAAUGUCCGCAGUGCCAAUGUCAGCACCACACGCUGUGCCAGCUAGCGCAAGCUCGAUGCCGAGGUCUGUGACAGCAUCGCCCGGACCAGCGGCGUUGGGAACAGACAUGUGGCGACAACUCAAGCGUGUUGCGGUCCCAGAGUUUUCCGGCGACAAGCGGCAGUACAACGCGUGGCGUGCAGCUUUUGUAGCUUGUAUUGACCAGGCACCCGCUACACCUGAGUAUAAACUGUUGCAGCUUCGCCAGUACCUGAAAGGCGACGCGCUGAAAGUUAUUGACGGACUCGGACACUCAGCAGCGGCCUAUGAGGCAGCCAAGCGGCGACUCGAACGGAAGUUUGGCGGACAACGUCGUCAAUUAGCGCUCCACUUGGAUGAACUAGAAAGUCACCCCAGUGUGAAGAGCAGCAAAGACCUCGAGCAUUUUGGUGACCUGCUCGACAUUGCCAUCCUCAACUUACGCGAGGCAGGCCGAGACCAAGAGCUCGGAGAUGGCACCCUGUACAGAGUUUUACAGCGAAAACUGGCAGAGUCGAUGCUCACCAACUACCAACGUUGGUUAGUUGACCACCGACAGCAGCCAACGGUAGUAGCGCUUCUUGAGUGGACACUGCAAGAAGUGGAGUACCGUACAGUGGCAGCCGAGGCGGUACAUGGCGUGGCAGCAGCAGUACCUGCAACAGCACCAGGCACUGCCCGUCACUUUGACAGCAGCAGACCAUCAUUCCGGCCAAGUAGCCAUCGCUCGUUGCAGCAGAGCAAUGCUCAUACACACUUGGCAGACGGACAGACGGCACGAGACGAGGAGACUUCUUUCAUAUCCUCUCGCGCCACUUGUCCAGAAUGCAGCGGGAGCCAUGGCAUUUGGGAAUGCUCCACCUUCAAAGGACACGACACAGGCCGACGGUGGACAAGAGCAAAGGAAUUAAGCCUGUGCUAUCGCUGCCUGGGAACAGGGCACAGAGGCGACAAGUGUCCUCGAACUCACACUUGUGGUGUCGAUGGUUGCCAACGGAAUCAUCAUCGUCUACUACACGGCUUGGCACGAUCAGAUUUUGAGAUCAGGAAGAAGCCGAGAGCCGAUGGCAAGGAAAGGAAUUAUGACAAAGCAAACACCAAGGCUGAACAAGGACACUGUGGCGUCGCAACAGCGCAUGAGACUCCAACGGAAGGGGAGUCCCCCCAGCAAUGCAGCAAUGCAACAGCCGAGAAGAGCUACACCAGUUUACGCACUGUGCCUGUCGCUCUCAGGUCCGGUAGUAAGCGGCUCGUCGUCAAUGCGCUUCUGGACGACGGAAGUACCAACACCUUCAUCCAUGAAGACGUUGCCACAGCGCUAGGAAUGAGUGGUGAGCAGCAUGACAUGACUAUCAAUAUGCUGAAUGGAAAGCGGAGCACUUUCAAAUCCAUGGAAGUGGAGUUCGAUAUCGCCAAUAUUAACGGUCAAUCAUGGACAACCGUAGUCGGACUCACAACUCCCAACCAAGUAACAGGACGUCUGCAGCUAACGGACUGGAGUAGCAAGAAGAUUGGCUAUGAGCACUUGGCUGAUAUACCGUUUCCGGAACCGGCCACCCCUGAAAGGAUCGAGCUGCUCAUUGGCGUCGACAAUGCCGAGCUUCACCGUGCGUUGUAUGAAGUGUCUGGACCAGCCGGAGAGCCCAUCGCGCGUCUCACACCUCUCGGAUGGACCUGCGUCGGAGCAGGGGUUAGCCGUGGCGGGGGCACAAACCACUGCUGCAGCGCUAUCAUCGCCAGCAGCGAGACCCUUCUGAGUGUGGAUAAGACUUUGCGACAGUUCUGGGAAAUUGAGCAAGUGACCAGCCCAGAACACCCCAUGUCACCGGAAAACCUGGACGUCCUGACAGCGACAAAGAAACGAAUGACGUUCACCAAUGGUCGCUACUGUGUCGGGAUGCCAUGGCGGGCAGAUGCAUCACGGCCCACCAACAAUUACGACAUGGCAGCGAAGAGACUUGCGCAAACACAGAAGAGGCUGAAACGGGUCCCAGAAAUUGCAGAGCGCUAUGCAGAGACCAUUGAGAGUUACGUGAGAAAAGGGUACGUGGUGAAGGUGAAUGCAAACCCACAUGAAGCAGGAUCGUGGCUCCUUCCACACUUCCCGGUUGUCCGACUGAACAAAAGUACGACGAAAGUUCGCAUUGUGUUCGACGGGUCAGCUAAGCAUGAUGGCACCGCCCUCAACGACCUGCUGCACACCGGUCCGAAGUUACAACGUGAUCUAUCGGCUGUUCUGCUCAGAUUUCGGCGGCAUCCGAUCUGCAUUGGCUGUGAUGUUACGGAGAUGUAUCUACAGGUUGAAGUCAGAAAAUCAGAUCGGCCAUAUCUGAGAUUCCUGUGGAAUACAGACUCGCAGUCAGCUCCAGAUGUGUACGAAUUCAACCGGGUGGUAUUCGGUCUGAACUGCUCCCCGUUCUUAGCGCAACUGGUCGCGCGAGAGCACGCUAAGACACUAGAUCCAGAAUUCGCCCGUGCAGCCGAGAUGAUGCUCGAAUCAACUUACAUGGACGACGGUAUGGACUCAGUCUCUACAAUUGCCGAGGGUGUGGCCCUGUACAAGAGUGUGACAGCAGCAUGGAAGGGAGCAGGCAUGGCAGUGAGGAAGUGGCUGUCGAAUGCUCCGGAGCUGUUGGGUCACAUACCCAGAGAAGAUCAGGCAACGCAACUCAGCCUGAACGGAGACGGCCCAUCCCAGAUUAAGACUCUAGGGAUCAGUUGGUUGAGCGACAGCGACAUGUUCAGCUUUCAGGCUGUCAUACCACCUGACGAUAUGAUGAUGACGAAGAGGAACAUCCUCCGAAAGAUCGCGACGAUCUUCGACCCGCUAGGAUUUCUGGCACCGGUGAUCAUCCGUGCCAAGAUACUGAUGCAAGAGAUCUGGGCUAGCGGUGCAACUUGGGACGAAGUGCUUCCCGUCGAACUGAGCUCACGUUGUAGACAGUGGUUCCAGGAUCUCCUUGCACUGAGCUCAAUUCAAGUGCCACGCUGCUUGCAGGCCAUUGCAGGCGCUACACCGCAAGAUGUCGAGCUUCACGUAUUUGGCGACGCAUCAGAGUUAGCGUAUGGUGCCGUCAUCUACCAACGUAUCCGCUACGCCUCCGGCGAGAUCAGCACCGUAUUUGUGUCUGCUAAGUCACGAGUUUCGCCAACUACCGCCACAAGCAUCCCACGGCUCGAAUUGAUGGCUGCUGUGCUGGGAGUCGAAAUGGCCAACGAAGUAGCCAAGGUGUUGCAGAUCAACCCGCAGAACAUCAUCUACUGGACUGACAGUAUGGACGUGAUCUGGUGGAUCCGUGGCCGGAGUCGCUUGUUCAAGACGUUCGUUGCCAACAGAGUGAGCACGAUUCACCAGGCAAGCAGCCCAGAUCAAUGGCGGUAUGUCCCUACGGCAGAGAACCCGGCUGAUAUUGUGUCGAGAGGAUGCGCCCCAACAUCGCUCACGCCGGACAGUAUGUGGUGGACCGGUCCUAGCUUCAUGGCCAAGCCGUCUGAUGACUGGCCAGUACGACAGUUACCUACAGCCCAAGCAAAGGAAACAAAGUCCAUGAAGGAGACCGUUCUGAUGAGCAGCACUGAGACGGGUACUGAUGAUGAGGGCACAGGCGCAACGGAGCCCAGUGUUUGGCGACUGGAACCGCAGCGAUACUCUGAUUUGGAGCGCUUGAUUCGUGUGCAGGCGUGGGUGAUGAGAUUUCUUCACAACGCUCGAGCGCCACAUGAACGCCGCGAACUGGGUGAAUUGACAGUGGACGAAUUGAGUGAGUCUGAGUUGAUACUGGUGAAAUCAGCGCAAGAGUCUGAGUUCCGAGAUGAGAUCAAGGCCAUCAAGAAGGGACAACCUGUGAGUUCCCAGAGCAAGAUUGCAGCACUCCAUCCACAGUUAGAUGACAGUGGUUUGCUGCGUGCAAGGAGUCGACUUCAGUACGCGGACUUCUUGCCCUCUGACACGAUCUCACCGAUCAUCCUUCCCAGGACGCAUCCAACGACUAAGCUUGUGAUCACGCGGAUCCAUGGCAACGGUCAUCACGCACUCGGCAACAAUCAAGUUCUGAACGAGUUAGUAAAGCGGUUCUGGGUUGUCGGUGCACGCGAAGCAGUCAAGGAAGUGGAUCGUCAAUGUCCUGAAUGCCAACGCCGAAAGGCCAAGCCUGCUAAGCAGCUCAUGGCGCCACUGCCAACACUCCGGAUUGAACCCGGCACCCGUGCGUUUGAAAGGGUUGGAAUCGACUUUGCAGGACCAAUGUACACCAAGCAGGGACGCCGAGCGCAGGCAAAGAGAUGGCUGUGCAUCUUCACCUGUCUUGCCACACGCGCUAUCCACAUCGAAGUAGCGUAUGGUCUUGAUACUGGAAGCUUUCUGAACUGCUUCUUCCGAAUGGUCGGACGACGUGGCGCCCCACACGAGGUGCUCACUGACAAUGGCACGAACUUUGUUGGUGCAGUAACCGAGCUACGCGAGUUGAGAAGAGAACUGGACGAGAAGAAGAUCAUCAAGGCAACCAACGGUCAACGGAUUCAGUGGCACUUCAACCCACCCGCAGCACCGCACUUCGGAGGACCAUUUGAGGUCAUGGUGAAGGCUGCCAAACGAGCACUGUACGCCAUUCUGAAGUCAGGUGACAUCACAGAUGAGGAGUUAGUGACGGCAACGAUUGGAGCAGAACACCUGAUCAACAGUCGGCCCUUGACAACGGUAUCUUCAGAUGCCAGAGACUGUACUCCUAUCUCUCCAAGUGACUUGCUGCUAGGCGACGCGAGCCACAGUAUUGAUGUACCCGGUGAUGACCCAGCAGCUAGCCUGAGGAGACGCUGGAGACGAGUCCAGGAGCUGGUCAGACAUUUCUGGGCAAGAUGGAUGCAAGAAUGGCUGCCCAUGCUGAGUGGUCGUGCCAAAUGGAAGAAACCCUACAACAACGUGCAAGUCGGUGAUGUCGUUAUCCUACUCGCCAAAGACACACCACGUGGUCAGUGGCAGCUGGGACGAGUUGUCGAUGUUCACCCAGGACGUGACGGGCUGGUACGAGUCGUGGACGUAAAGGUGAAGAACACCACGCUACGUCGCCCAAUAAGCAAGAUCUGCCCGCUGGAAGCAUGUCAGUGA